AUGAAAACUGCACACGAUGAUACAGCAACCAAAUACUGUCUCUGCGAUCAACCCGACGAUGGAUCUCCAAUGGUCUGCUGCUCGCUAUGCAAUGAAUGGUACCAUUUCCGGUGUGUCAACCUUGGUUUGGAGGACGCAUCAGAACUUGAGGUUUACGUUUGCCCUACUUGCCAUACCAAGACCGGUCGACGCAGUAUAAGUGACAUAGAUGGCCACCAAGAUGCGUCCAAUCGUGGACGCAACGAGGAAAACUCUGAUCGGUUCGUGUCUACACCGCCGCCGGCCUUGUUGCCAUCCGAGUCCGAAGAAGAAGCAGAUAGCGAGGACGAAUAUGUAGCAGAGCCGGAAAAAGCCAAAGGAAAGAGUUUCUCCAAGCGCCGCGCACGAAAGUACCCGGAAUCAUCAGACUCGGACGAACAGCCUGGCGAUAUACAGGAUGGUUGGCAAUCGUCGCGAAAGGGCGGUAACCCGUCGCACGGAUCAUCCGAGAGGAAAAUGUCACCCGCGUCUAGCAGCCAGUUGAAACGGAAGUCAACUGCUGCAUCGCAAACACCGGCGGCCAAGCGCAGGAAGUCAUCGGAUGGCGCCGCCUCCGCUGAGGAAGAUGUGGCCAGGAAAUAUUGCCUGGGGAAAUUGCAAGAAAUGUUCUUACCGGUGUUCCUGAGAUAUCCUUCCGCAGAUUCGCCAGAUGGUUCUGGCAACAAGAUCGAAUUGAAACCUGAAGACCUCGAUGAAACAGGCAAGCAACGUCUGGAGAAUGAAGCGAAGACGUUCGCCUCUGAGCUCGAACAGUCUAUAUUCGAUAUUUAUGCCGAACCAGACAAACACGGGAAGCUGGGCGUGGGCCCUAAGUAUAAGGAGCGGUUCCGUAUGCUUACCUUCAACCUGAGCCAGGCAGAUCGUGUCGCCAUUCAUAAGCGCAUAUGCUUCUCUUCUAUAUCAGCAAAGGAGCUAGCAUUUAUGUCCUCCACUGAUCUGGCUAACGAAGAGACGAAGCAAUCGAUAAAGAUGGCCGAGCAAGAGGCACUGGAGCAUUCCAUUUUGCAAAAGACGACUGUUCCCCGCGCAAAAAUUACGCACAAAGGUCUUCAGGAUAUUGAGGAUGUCAACGGCGAAGCCACGGUUCUUGUGCGCGAACGUGAAAAAGAGCGCGAGAGGGAAGAAGAAGAACGGCGUGAGAGAGAACGUCAAGCAAGACACCGUGCGGCAGAGCAGCAUCAGAAGCAGCAGACCAACGCCAUAUCUCAUGGGUCGGUUCCGCCUGAAUCGCCAAUUACGAGCCAUGGUCCAGCGUGGGGUGACCCACCUUCAGCCACUUCGCAGGUGGUAUCCUCUGAUUCUUUCUCGCCAACAGUUGGAGGUGGCGAGAGACCAGCCGCUCACUCCCUAUUUGCACACCCCUACCAAAUGCAACUUUCAGAACCGGAGCUUGACAUAGCUGACCUCAUUCAUUUUCAUGACGAAGAGCCUUCACCUCGGGAGGGUGCGACCGAUCUUCAACCUACCGCAGCACUAGAGGGACCGGUGACGUCGGAUGAACCUGUUCCGUCUGCUCAACCCGACCCUUCGCCUUUGGAGCUAUCGGACAUUUCCUCCCCUACAGCUCACGAUAGUGUCGCAGAGACGCAGAACAAAUCACUAAAACCGGAAACUCCUGUAAAGACUACCUUUGAUUUGAACGCGCUGUGGUCAGCCCCCAAGGAGGAAUCAGUACCACAGAAACCAGAGGAGGCACCCGUGCUGGAACCCAAAGAUCAGCCCAUGAGUACUGACACUUCCCAUCAAGAAGCAACUGAUCAAGACUUUGACAUGUUCCUCGAGAAGGAGCAAGAACCUGAGGUUAAGGCCGUGGAGGAUCCCGAGGCUCCAUUGAAGGCCAUGCCCACGGUAUGGCACGGAAAGAUUGCCUUACCCCUAGAUUCUCCUGUCGCAGAGGAAGCGCAUGUCACUGCCCGUCAAGUGGGUGGCAGGAAUUUAGACGCAACUUCUAUACUUUGGAAGACACUAUUUGUUUCUGACACCCUCCGCAUCGAAGGACGAGUACAAACAGAUGUAGCAGCUCAAUUCCUCUUGCAAAUGAGGCUGAAUCCGCAGAAAGAGCUUAUAGCGUGCGCAUUCUUGCCAGAGCCGGCUGACGCGAAGCUCCAGACAUUUAUUGAUUUCUUACUGAAGAAGAAUCGCCAUGGACUAGUGUUCCCAUGGGGCCAAAGCCCCAAGGACCAUCACCCAGGCAAGGAGCUUUACCUGGUUCCGCUCCGGGCAAAUGCACCACUACCUGACUAUAUGGAGCUGUUGGAUGACUUGCGCUUGCCGAAAGUGCGCACUUCCGACAUCAUCGUUGGAAUUUGGAUUCUUGUGAAAGGAAAACUCACCGCUUUACCUGCUCUACCGCCGCCCCCUGUCGUGUCUUCUUUACCUCCUGUGUCUACUUCAUUUAAUGUUCCGGGUGCUGGUGCUUCCAUUCCGCCGCAGCCUCAGCCCCACUCGCAUGCGGGCCCUAUAUCGCCAUUGCUCCCAGCGAUGCAGGCUUAUCCCCAGCUUGCAAACCCGGCACUCGCCGCUGAAGUUGCGGCUCUUUCUCCCGAACAGAUACAGGCAAUAUUACAAGCUCUACCGUCCAGCAAUGGUGUGUCUAGCAUGUCCAGUCUUCCCAUGGGGGUUGCAUCAGCUCUUGGAAACACAAGUACUACGCCACAGCAGCCUCGCAUCCUGCAGCCAGGUGCUGCAGCGCCACCACAAUGGAAUGGCGGGAUGCUGAACUUUCCACCCUUCUCCCCUAAUCCAGUUUCGGUGUCACAGUUUGGCUCUCAGCCAGCGUCACAACACUCGAUCCCUUCCCCGAUACGUCAACCCCCCAGUGGUCCAUCUGGUCGAGGUGUCCCCAAUCAUGGUCACUAUGACCACCUCAACGACGACCGCGAUUUCCGCCGAGGGCCGGGAUAUGACAGAGGUGAUCGGGGAGGUUGGCAAGGCGGAAGGGGGCGGGGUAGAGGCAGAGGAUGGGGUAGAGGUAGUGGUCCGCCGUCAUAUCGACCAGUGGAUUCCGGUUGGGGCCGUGGUCGAGGUCAAGAUGACGGGGGCAGACCAGAUACUGGUCCACAACAGGGUUCGCGACGGUGGUGA